AUGUCGUGGUCGUCUUUCCCCGGUCAAUCGCAGCAUGGGCAAUAUAGUAACAAUCCGCCCCCUCCUCAGUGGGGUCAAGCACCCCCUCCUCCGAAUUAUGGGUACAAUUCACUAGGACAGAAUCAGUAUUAUCCGCCUCCUCCGACCCAAUAUAAUGCUCCCCCUCCGCCUCAUCAAGGAGGAGGUGGAUGGGCUCCACCCACAGGCGCACCGCCCCCUCAACAGUAUCAUCAGACUGCAGCGGGCUACAGGCCACCUAACGAGAGUCAACAGGGUCAAGGAGCGCCUUUCGGACCUCCUCCAAGUGAGCCUGGCGCGCCUUAUACUCUCCGACCCCCGACGCAGCAACAGCAGUAUGGACCUCAGUUUCAAAAUGGAGGCGGAGGCCAAUCCAGACCUUUCUUCCAGUACUCGCAAUGUACCGGUCGACGCAAGGCUCUCUGUAUCGGUAUCAACUACUUUGGAUCAAGCAGUCAAUUGGCAGGUUGCAUCAAUGAUGCUCGAAAUGUCCAAAAGUUCCUCAUCGAGCGAUAUCAGUAUCGCCCCGAAGAUAUCGUCAUGUUGACGGAUGACGCUCAAAACCCACGACAGAUCCCCACACGAGCCAAUAUGAUUCAAGCCAUGCAAUGGCUAGUUGCAGGUGCUCAGCCGAACGACGCGCUCUUCUUCCACUACUCUGGACACGGCGGACAGACCAAGGAUCUCGAUGGAGAUGAAGAUGACGGCUAUGAUGAGGUUAUUUACCCUGUUGACUUUAAACAGUCGGGUCAUAUCGUGGAUGAUGACUCUGACACGAACAGACACGAGAUCAUGGUUCGACCUCUGCCUCCCGGAUGCCGACUGACUGCUAUCUUCGACUCCUGUCACUCCGGAUCAUGCCUCGACCUUCCCUACAUCUACUCCACUGAAGGAGUCAUCAAGGAGCCCAACCUUCUCGCUGAAGCUGGUCAAGGUAUCUUAGGGGCGGGUAUGAGCUAUUUGAGGGGCGAUCUUGGAGGCGCUAUCAGCGGUGUCUUCUCGCUCGGCAAGCAGAUGAUGAAUCAGAACUCUGGAGCUAGGGAGCGGACUAUCCAGAGUAAGACAAGUCCCGCGGACGUCGUCAUGUGGUCGGGAUGCAAGGAUUCUCAGACGAGUGCCGAUACUCAAGAAGCCGGUAGAGCCACAGGAGCAAUGUCAUACGCAUUCAUCGCUGCAUUGACCAAAUACCCUCAACAAAGCUAUGUUCAGCUUCUCAACACGAUCCGAGAUGAACUCCGAGGACGAUAUGAUCAAAAGCCUCAGCUUUCUGCCAGUCAUCCCAUGGACACCAAUGUGCUCUUCAUCUGCUAGACGAUAUGUGUUCCCCGCUCGCUCCACAAGCUCUCGGCUCCGAGUGCCACGUGGAAUUUUGUAACGUCAUUCUAGAAACCUUUCGAGUCUCUCUUUGAUCUGAAAUGAAUCAGUUUGUUGCACUUUCUUCGACUUCAAAUCAGACCAUCGAACAACGCACACGACUGCAAGGACAGAGGUCAGACUCAGUGCUCCGUCCCUACAUUUGACCUCAUCUCAAUUGACUUUCAGAACACCCUCUCAA